AUGGAGCUCGGGGGCCCGGGGGCGCCGCCGCCGCCGCUGCUGCCGCCGCUGCUGCUGCUGCUGGGGGCCGGCCUCUUGCCUGUGUGCAGCCACGUGGAGACCCGGGCCCACGCGGAGGAGCGGCUGCUGAAGAAACUCUUCUCUGGCUACAACAAGUGGUCCCGGCCCGUGGCCAACAUCUCGGACGUAGUUCUUGUCCACUUUGGCUUGUCUAUCGCGCAGCUCAUUGACGUGGAUGAGAAGAACCAGAUGAUGACGACGAAUGUGUGGGUGAAGCAGGAGUGGCAUGACUAUAAGCUGCGCUGGGACCCCGCUGACUACGAGAACGUGACCUCCAUCCGCAUCCCCUCUGAGCUCAUCUGGCGGCCGGACAUCGUCCUGUACAACAACGCGGACGGGGACUUUGCCGUCACCCACCUGACCAAGGCCCACCUCUUCCACGACGGGCGGGUGCGGUGGACACCCCCGGCCGUGUACAGGAGCUCCUGCAGCAUCGACGUUACCUUCUUCCCCUUCGACCAGCAGAGCUGCACCAUGAAGUUCGGGUCCUGGACCUAUGACAAGGCCAAGAUCGACCUGGUGAGCAUGCACCGCCGCGUGGACCAGCUGGGCUUCUGGGAGAGCGGCGAGUGGGUCAUCGUGGAUGCCGUGGGCACCUACAACACGCGCAAGUACGAGUGCUGCGCGGAGGUGUACCCAGAUAUCACGUACGCCUUCGUCAUCCGGCGCCUGCCGCUUUUCUACACCGUGAACCUCAUCGCGCCCUGCCUGCUCAUCUCCUGCCUCGCGGUGCUCGUCUUCUACCUGCCGUCCGAGUGCGGCGAGAAGGUCACGCUGUGCGUCUCCGUGCUGCUCUCGCUCACCGUCUUCCUGCUGCUCAUCACCGAGAUCACCCCGUCCACCUCGCUGGUCAUCCCGCUGAUCGGCGAGUACCUGCUGUUCACCAUGACCUUCGUCACGCUCUCCAUCACCAUCACCGUCUUCGUGCUCAACGUGCACCACCGCUCCCCGCACACGCACACCAUGCCCGCCUGGGUCCGCCGCGUCUUCCUGGACGUCGUGCCGCGUCUGCUCUUCAUGAAGCGGCCGUCCGCGGUCAAGGACAACUGCCGGCGGCUCAUCGGGUCCGUGCCCGAGGCGGCCGGGGCCCCGCGCUUCUGGCUGGAGCCCCGGGGCGAGCCCGAGCUCAGGAGUCGGGGCCCCGCCCCGCCCCCGACCCCGUCCUGCGGGCCGGACCGGCCGGCCUGCACAUCACCCUCGGACCAGGCCUCUGCUCUGCGGCCCUCAGAGGCCGAGAAGGCCGGCCCCUCCCCCUCGCCCGGGCCCUGCCGCCCACCCACCAGCACCCGGGCCCCAGGGCUCGCCAAGGCCCGGUCCCUGAGCGCCCAGCACGUGUCCGGCCCCAGCGAAGUGGCAGAGGGCGGCGUGAGGUGCCGGUCCCAGAGCAUCCAGUACUGCGUGCCCCGAGAAGAGGCCGCCUCCCCAGCCGACCACCCGGCGGACGGCUCCCCUGCCUCGCUGACCACGGCCCCCUCGGCCGAGCUUCCGCCCCCAGACCAGGCCUCCCCCUGCAAAUGCAAGUGCAGGACGGAGGCGGAGGCACCACAUGCCGCGCUCAAGGCCCCCGGCACCGGCGCGCCGCCCCAGCCCCUGUCGCCAGCUCUGGCGCGGGCGGUUGAGGGAAUCCAGUACAUUGCAGACCACCUGAAGGCGGAAGACAAGGACUUCUCGGUGAAGGAGGACUGGAAGUGCGUGGCCAUGGUCAUCGACCGCAUCUUCCUCUGGGUGUUCAUUCUCGUCUGCCUGCUGGGGACGGUGGGCCUCUUCCUGCCGCCUUGGCUGGCCGGCAUGAUCUAGGGGGCUCCCCGCACUCGAUGCGGUCACGCCAUUGACCAGAUUGCCCCCCAUCAUCUGUCUGCUGUGAGACGGCCUUGGAAACUGCCUCCUGGGGACCUGCCCGGGAGGCUGGUAAACGCCUGUCUAUCUGCGGGGCGGUGU